AUGGCACUAAACAAGAACCAAUUCCACAACCUUGGAUAUCAAGCUAUCCCACCUAUCAACAUAACUCAGGAUAAUACACUUCAUCAUCACCCUCCACAGCCUGUUUCAGACUAUGCUUUUCCCAUAUUUGCCAUUGUUGUUCUCAGCAUCAUUGCUACCAUUUUGUUACUCCUCAGCUACAUCACUUUUCUAACCAAAUUCUGCUCAAACUGGAAUCAAGUGAAUCCAACAAGAUGGAUUUCGGUUCUUCGAGCUCGACAGAACGAUGAAGAUCACUUCAUAGCAUUAUCUCCUACAUUAUGGAACCGGGGUUUAGACGAAUCGAUCAUCAGAGAAAUCCCAUCUUUUCAGUUUAUAAAAGGAGAAUGUGAAGAUCAAAGUGUGUAUGGUUGUGUGGUUUGUUUGACAGAGUUUCAAGAACAGGAUGUGAUAAAAAUUCUACCAAAUUGUAACCAUGCUUUUCACUUGGAUUGCAUUGAUAUUUGGCUUCAAACAAAUUCUAACUGUCCUCUUUGUAGAUCAAGCAUUUCAGGCAAUACUACAAAUACUCCAUUUGACAUUAUCAUAGCUCCAAGCUCUUCUCCUCAGAAUUCUUCUCAGUUACUCUCUAACUUAGCAAGUGAUGAAGAUUUCGUCAUCAUCGAAUUAGGCGGAGAAGAAAACGAGGUUCAACAAGAAAAAAAUGACUCAAGAGGAAGCAUAGAACAUAGUAGAAAGUAUCACUCUACAAGAGAAAUGAAACCAAAGUGCCCUUAUGUUUCCAUCAUGGGAGAUGAGUGCAUUGAUAUCAUCAGAAACAAAGAUGACUUGUUUUCGAUUCAGCCGAUUCGAAGAUCUUUCUCAUUGGAUUCUGCAAAUGAUAGACAAAUGUUCAUGGAUGUUCAAGCCAUUAUACAACAAAAUGAAGCUAGUGCAAGUGAGGAUUGUAAUAGCAGAAGUAAAAGAGCAUUCUUUCCAUUUUGUUACUAUGGAAAGGGAUCCAAAAAUGUGAUUCUUCCAUUUGGAGAAUGA